ACUACUUUACACCGGACAUUGCAUUGCAGGACCUUUUUCUGUCAAAGAAAUGGUGGAUCCGAGAUCCGACCCAUAUAUAUCCGGUUUAAAACCUUUAAACCCAUAACAAACACCCUCCGUUUAAAUCCCCGUUCCAUUCCCGCUUGUUUUCAACUCGCUCCUUCUUCUUCUUCUUUCUCUGAAAGCUAACCGUUUUCUUCAGAUCCGAUAUGAAAAUGAAGAUCAACAAAGCCUCCGAUCUCUCCUCCAUCUCCGUCUUCCCUCCUCCUCACGUUUAUUCCAGGAAGAUGAACAAUGCAUCCAAUGGAUUUCAAGCCUCGCAACAUCGAUCGCAACCGUCGCAUCGAGAUAUAGAGAGGCAGAACAAUGUAUCGAAUGGAUUGCAUGCGAUGUCGCAACAUCGAUCACAACCGUCUCAGCAGUCAUUUUCUCAGGGACUUUCAUCUCAGCAAGGAAUUUUGUCUCAUUUCUCUCAGAGUUCUCUUGAUGAAGCUAUCACAACAAAUGACCAGAGAGCUGCUUCUCAAGAACUUGAGAACUCUUCAAGGAGGUUUUCUAGUUUGCCCCGCCUUACUUAUUCAAAGGACGAGAGUCAACCCCACAACUCAAGAUCUUCAUCAAAUCUCCUGGUCAAAUGGAACUCUGCAGAUAAUAAAAAUCAGUUAAGUGAAGGACUCGAAAACAGAAUUGGCAUAAUGGAAACCUCAUUGAGCAGGUUUGCAAUGAUCAUGGAUUCUGUUCAAAGUGACGUAAUGCAAGUAAACAAAGGAACAAAGGAAAUGCACUUGGAGAUGGAGUGCAUAAGACAAAAGUUGAUUGCUCAGGAUAACACACUUCAGUUAAUGAUGAAAGGACAAGAAGAAAUUAAAGCAAGCAUCAAUGGGAGUUUGAAAUCUUUAUCUGAACAAAUGAGCCGUGUUACAGACAUAGAGAAGUUACAGGAAGUAUAUAUGUUGGUUUCUUCCAUGCCUCAGCUAAUUGAAGGCUCUCUGCGAAAUUUGCAAAAUAAUCUCCAGAACACCACCAAGGAAAUGAAGGAAAUCUCUUGCAGUUUAAAACAUUCUAACCAAAAGGAUCUGGCACAGCCUAUUCUAUCUCCAAAGUGUGUUAGCAAACAAGUUAUCACACCGAAAAUGCGUCAGACUCCAGCCGUUGAAGCGAAGAAGAACACUCCAGUUAUUGUAGCUUCAGAAGCAGACACAGGAGGCUGGAGGCCAGUAAAAAGAGAAAGAGUCACUUUUUCAGAUAGAAUAUCUGAGAAGGUUCAAAAGCGAAUUCCACCAAAAGUGGAGAAGGGUAUAAGGGGAGGAAGAGACUAUGCAAUUGUCAUUGAAUCUGACGAGGAGUCUGAUUGCUUUGAAGUAAAAUCAGCAGCAGGAAAGUGGGAAGGGAAGAAAAAAGAAAAAAUUACAAAUGAGGCAAGUAACAUCAGCCAAAUGGAGGGAGCUAAGUUGGUUACAACAGAUGGACAUGCAGCGGUUAGGAGGAGUGCAAGGAAGAGACUCCCUAACCAAAUGAUGGAUGAUUUUGUGUGCAAAGGGUAUAGGAAAAGGAAUAGGAGAAAAAAGAGCAUGUUAAUGUUUCUCUGAGUUUUUUAUACUUAAUUUCCAACAACAAAAGUUUCAUAGGACACAAAGAACCGCAUUCUCCAGAUUUCUGUAAUUAUUACCAAAGUUGAAAACAGAGAUUCUACUUAGGUGUGUGCGCUGUGUCUGUUACAUUUAGUUAACAUUUUCCUAGUUUAAAGGAGGUUAUGGCAACAAGCCAACAAUCCAAUUCAUGUAUAGGUGUGCUUAAAAGCAAUAUUGAUCAUGUAGACUUUACAGAGUUAUCACACAUUUUAUUGA